AUGGUGUCAACUCCGCCUACUAGUUUAAACGGCUCUCCCAAAGCACUUAGAGAGCAUCACUUUACCCAGAAUCCUCUUCACUAUACUCAACGUUUGUCGCGUGGAUUAGAGCAGAGGCUUACGGAUAUUUCUGACGAAGAUAUAUCCGACGAAGAGCGACGUUUGUCCCUCUCGAUUACGACUGGGAAUUUGAACAAAUGGACAAACAUGCUUCAUGGUUGGCAAGAGCGUUACUUCGUGCUUAAAGAUGGUGUCUUGAGUUAUUUUCGAAACUCUGACGACGUUGCUGAAGGCUGUCGUGGUGCUAUUCGUCUCAAGAAUGCACAAGUUCAGCCUCAUCCUUAUGAUGAUUGUCGAAUCGAUGUAAGUAGAUGCCACCUGUUACUCAUGGUUGUUUUUAAGGUCAUUCUUGGAGACUCGACUUGGUAUUUCCGUUGUCCCUCCGCCCAAUCACGACGUCACUGGGUGGAAUGCAUCGAGAAACACAGACUCGCGGAAUCGGGAUACAGCUCUGAGCAGGCCUUGACCACCCAGAGCUCCUUGCUUUCCCUCAAUUCAAUCACCUCCACGUCGAACGCUGGAAGCUCUAAUGGGUUCCGUGGACAAAGUCUUCAUGAUCAGGUGGCAGAGAUUGAGAGCUUCAAAACUGUACUUCACCAGCAAACCGAAAAGCUGUUGGCCUACUUGGAGGCGUGCAACAGAAUCGCAGCUCACGCCAACGAGGUCGGCGGCUAUGAGAAUCUCCUCGAUGCGGCAGUCUUUGAAGAGGCGCGUUCGCAACUCCCGAGGGACCUGAGAGCCGUCACGACCAAAUUCAGCACCACCACCACCACCACGCCACAGCCGAGCUUCGAGGAGUCUGACGAGGACCUGGACGAUCGGUGCUCUCUUGCGUCGGAUAAUAGUCUCGGUAGCCUGCGCAUUUCUCCGCCAUCUCUCUAUACGGAGGGACCUCCACGCGGCAGCUGCCACUCGAUUCCUGCGACGGUGGCGUCAGCUUCUGGCCCCGCUGCGGUCUCACCGGACUCCGGGGACGAGGGAGCAAAGACACCGAAGGCGACAACGUCCAAUUCCACGUCGUCGCGGGGCGGUGGGUUCUUUUCGCGGUUCCUGCCCUUCCGUGGGAGCACAACCACAGCGCCGUCUGGUGGACAGCAGUCAAAGGCUCCAGCCGCAGUGAGUCGCCUUUCACAUCUCCUGAUCCACAUUUUCCACCAUGCUCUCUUACUCACGUUCUCUUGUACCAGUCUCUGUCUGCCUGUUUAUAACACAGUUUUAACGGUUGGUAGAUUGAUGAUUGCUUCCUCGCCGAAUGUCUUUUAG